AUGGCAUAAUUGUCGUUUAGCGCCUUACAUUAGCAUAUGGACGGCAGACGCGAGGCCGAGCAUUCACUUUUGAUGAUGAUGCUACUGUUCUCGACACCUGCCCUCUCAAAGUUAUCGAUCCUCUGUCUCCAGAACUUCUCAGCUUUCACACACCUGAUCACAACCCAAAGAAAGUGA